CUGGGGAGUGUUUUCCUGUUGCUCAGCAGUCCCAGGCUUCCUUUAUGAAGCCCCUUUACUUCAUGCUGUACGGGCUGGGGCACUGGCGUGAGAGGGGACAGACUGGGGCCAUACCUGGGUCCUCCUAUUUUCCCUUCUCGGUUCCUCCCCAUAUACUGCCCUGCAGGCUUGGUAGCGUUGGGGAACUGGGGUGGGGGCAGGUACACCCUUCCCUCCCCUCUACAGCCACCUGACUAAAGAAUCCACAGUAAAUCCUCACCUCCUAGGGUUUCCCUUGUAGUUACUUUUGGAAAAGAGAAAAGAAACACUCGCUGACACCCCCCCAGCACCACCUCUUCCAGCCCGUUACCCUUCUCCCUUUACCUUGGCCGCUCCUAGCUCUCAAAUGGUGCUGUAGUUUGUCAUGGUAUUCCUCUGUAAGAAAACAUAAACUUAACCAGACUGUUUCGUUGGCACUUGGUGGUACCAGGCACCCUGUGGGGGUGUGGGAAGAGUGAAGGGUUUCACAUUUUUAGAAAUACAACUAAAGUUUCUUAUUUCUAGUCCUUCAGGGACAAUGAAUCUUGUUGGAUUUCCAUAAAAUUGCUUUGCUUCUCUGCUUCAGUCCAGUGUCUUGUAGGUUGACUUUUGUGUGAUCAUCUUACAUUCUUGGAGGAAUUUCUUUUUGGUUGCCUUUCCCUAGCCCGGCAGAUGCAGCCGUGUGCAGGUUGUAUUACAGCUGGUGUGAUGGUGCACAUGCACAUGGUGGCGGAGUUAAGGUUAAGGCUGCUGUUGGAUAAUACUUAGCACUUUUCAUCUGAGAAGCGUGAAAUUGUCAGGUUGGUGUCUGGCUUAGAUGAUUUCCUUGCUCAGCUUUAUCUCUGCACUAACAGUUCCAUUUGUUGGGGUAUUUGGAAGAUUUACUCAUAAUCUUGAAUGUAUUUAUCUGCGUCAGACCCCUUUGAAGGGGGGAAGUGUUGCUAUCCUCAUUUUACAGACGGGUAGCAGAGCCACAAGAGGCUAAGUGACUUGAGCAAGGUCAUUCGAGAAGUCAGUCGUGGAGCAGGGAAUUGAACACCCAUGUCCCAGGCUCGCACCUGUGAUUAUUUUAUUUGUAUUACCAUAGUGCGUAGGAGUCCUAGUCAUGGACCAGGCUCCGUUGUGCUUGGCGCUGUACAGAUCUAGCCAGUGGACCAUCCUUCUUUAUCACCUGAUGUUUGGUACCGCAGGAGGAGGAGGAUGUAUUGUGCAGAGUGCCAUCUGCUGGAUGGUACCCGACCACUGAUGUAAGUUGUUCGCCUCAUAACUGAAACCGAGUUAGUUUAGAUUUUGCUUGGAUCUUUCUUCUCACAUGAGGAGUGUUGCCUCACUACAGCACACAAAAACCUUUCACAAAAGCAUUCCUCACUGGGACAAUGCAUUGUCCACAGGCACCGUUGAGAAAUUUGGGGGCUUGGUAUAACAUGUUCACUAGGGCCCCACCCACUCUCAUUUCACUUUAUUUAUGCGGCGGUGACAGAUUUUUUGGGGGGCGACCCUGAGCUCAGGGCCGCAGUACAGUUGCCCCUCAUCAGCCCUGGUUGUCCAUGUGCAGUUCCACAGAGGUUAGGCUUAGGUUCUCCAGCAAUUGCAGAGGAGGGCUGGAUUAAUUCUUUUCUAUCCACAUGCAGUACCUCAGCAUAGAUAGGGGCCGUGGAGACUUAAGGAAGAAGGAUCCAAAUUUCCUAGCGUGGCAAGGGUUAGGCGCAUGAAGACUCUCAGCAGCAGAAGCCUUGCGGCGAGAUGUUCUUGAACCACAAGCUGUUGUUGGCAGCUUGAGGAUAAGCAUAGCUGCCUCGGCUAUGGACUCCUCUGUCUGGUUCUGUGGCUCCUGAUGCUGAAUCUGAACUCUCGAGUGAGCUUACCAGGCUCAGAAGUGGCCUGUUCUGGGACCUGCACACUAGAAGAAAUAAUAUUUCUUGUCUUUGGUUCAGCUGCCUCCCCCCGAGGGAGGGAUGGUCUUGUGACCAAAGCACAGGGCAGGAGUCCCAUGCUAUGUUCCUAGCCCUGCCACUGACUCUGUGUGUGCCCUUUGGCAAGUCAUAUAAUGUCCCUGUGCCUCAGUGUCCCUAUUAGUAAGUUUGGGGUAAAACCUUGAGGAAGGUUAAGAAAAUGUAAUGCUUUAAUCAUAAUAUUUGUAAAGUGUCUCCAGGCCCUCAGAUAAGCGGUGCUGUGUUAGUGCAGGAAGCAGUCCAUUCCUCAUGCACUGAGGCUGCUCCCCUGAAACAGUAAGUUUGGCAUACAGAAGAGCCAAAGACAAUAUUAUCUAGACAAAGCUUUGGGGUGUGUUCAGACUAGCAAUCCAGGUGUGUUCUUACCACAUGUUCAAGGCCUAAUGACAAGGCAGUAUGUAGUUUUCAUGUGUGUUAGCAGGUUGAGGUACAUGCUUGGAACUUCCCUGGGAUUUCACCUCAUGUGAGCUAGCGCAUGGUACGAUCACUCUCCUUUUUGCGUUGUGAAGACCAGGGCACGGUCAUUGCUGAGUUGUUGACCAAGGCUGCAGAGGUAUCAGGAGGAGCAGGUGCCCAGAGAACUCAGAAAGGAUCCAGAUGCUGUACAAAAACACGCAAAGAUGGAUAUAGAAGACUACAAUGGACGCUCCUAUAUAUCUGUGGGGAUUCCUCUCUGGAGAAGGAGUUCAGCUCGGCGAUCGUGGGACCCACGGUGAGCACCUCAAACAGCCAGCACUCCUCCCCGAGCCGCUCCCUGAGUGCGAACUCUAUCAAGGUGGAAAUGUACAGUGAUGAAGAAGCCAGCAGGCUGCUGUCGCAGGACGACCGCCUCCUCGAGAAAGAGGACAGCGUGAUUGUGGAGGACUCCCUCUCUGAGCCCCUGGGGUACUGUGACGGCACGGGGCAGGAGCCUCACUCUCCGGGCGGCAUCCGGCUCCCCAAUGGCAAGCUGAAAUGUGACAUCUGCGGGAUGGUGUGUAUCGGCCCCAACGUGCUGAUGGUGCACAAACGAAGCCACACGGGAGAGAGGCCGUUCCACUGCAACCAGUGCGGAGCCUCCUUCACCCAGAAGGGGAACCUCCUGCGGCACAUCAAACUGCACUCUGGCGAGAAACCCUUCAAAUGUCCCUUCUGCAACUAUGCCUGCCGCCGGCGAGACGCGCUCACCGGCCACCUCCGCACACACUCAGUCUCCUCCCCCACAGUCGGCAAGCCCUACAAAUGCAACUACUGCGGCCGGAGCUACAAGCAGCAGAGCACGCUGGAGGAGCACAAGGAGCGCUGCCACAACUAUCUACAGAGUCUGAACGCUGAGCAGCAGUCGCUGGCCAGCCAGCAAGGCGAUGAGAUGCGAGACCUGGAGAUGGUGCCAGAUUCUCUGCUUCACCCCUCGUCCGAGCGGCCGACGUUCAUCGACCGGCUGGCGAACAGCCUCACCAAACGGAAACGCUCCACACCUCAGAAAUUUGUGGGGGAAAAGCAGAUGCGAUUCAACCUCUCCGACCUCUCCUUCGAUGUGAACUCCAGCUUCGAGAAGGACGUGGAGCUGGUGGCCGCCCACCACCCCAUUGACCCCAGUUACGGCAGCUCUCUGUCAUUUGUGGGGUCCGAGCACCUGCGCCCCCUCCGCCUCCCCUCCACAAACUGCAUCUCAGAGAUCACACCUGUGAUCAGCUCCGUCUACACCCAGAUCCAGCCCAUCCCGGGCCGGCUGGAAAUCCCAGGGAGCCGAGAAGCCGCUGAAGGCCAUGAAGACAUUCCCGAAGGGGCGCAGAUUGUGUACCGGGGGCGCGACCAGGGCGUGUCGCCCAGCAACGGCUGCCAGGAUUCCACAGACACUGACAGCAACCACGAAGAGAGGACCUCGCAGCUGCCGGCGGGGAACUGCACCAGCAGCCGGCAGAUCCCAGCCUACGCCAAAGAGGACCCCAAGCUGCAGGAGGGCACCCCUGCUGCCCGAGCAACGCCCAGCUCAGCCAAAGACGUCCUGCGUGUGCUGAACGAGGAGGGGGAGCAGGUGAAAGCCUUCAAGUGCGAGCACUGCCGGAUCCUCUUCCUGGACCACGUGAUGUUCACCAUCCACAUGGGCUGCCACGGCUUCAGAGACCCUUUCGAGUGCAACAUCUGUGGCUACCACAGCCAGGAUCGGUACGAAUUCUCCUCCCACAUAGUGCGGGGCGAGCACAAAGUGUAGGCAAACUCAGUCCUCCCCUGACCGCCCUGUGACUCCUCCCCCUGGCUCUAGCCCCGCCCCCCAGUGGGCAUGGACCUUUUUUUCUUUUAUACUCCUUUGCACUGACUUUGGCUACAAAAUAUUUAAAAAAAAAAUCAAUAAUUAAAAAAAAAAAUCACGAGAGGAGCUCUUAA